CUCUUUUCCGGUCCGUCGCUCAUUCCUUUCCGACUCUCUUGUCAUUCCAUUGGUACCUAUUUUCCAUCCACGUGUAGGGAUUCAGUCAGUUACCGUUCUUCCUGCGCUUCCCUCGUUACAAAGACAACAAUGUCGUCUUCUUUUGAGCAAAUGAAGGCGAACGUGGGAAAACUCCUGCGUGGAAUCGACCGCUACAACCCUGAAAACUUGUCGACGCUGGAGCGCUAUGUGGAGACGCAAGCCAGAGAAAACGCGUACGACCUGGAGGCUAAUUUGGCCGUGCUCAAACUGUAUCAGUUCAACCCGGCUUACUUCCAGACCAAUGUGACAUCCCAGAUUCUGCUUAAGGCACUGACCAACUUGCCUCAUACGGACUUCACGCUUUGCAAGUGCAUGAUCGACCAGACACAUCAGCAAGAGGACGGCCCUAUCAAGCAGAUCCUCUACUUAGGAAACCUGCUGGAGACAUGUCACUUCCAGAGCUUCUGGACGAGUCUUGAGGAGAAUCGCGAGCUCAUCGAUGGAAUUGCUGGGUUUGAAGAUUCGGUCCGCAAGUUUAUUUGCCAUGUGGUGGGCAUCACCUACCAGACCAUAGAGCGCCGCCUGUUGGCUGAAAUGCUGGGAGACCCUCUGGACAUGCAGGUGAAAGUGUGGAUGAACAAGUACAACUGGACAGAGACAGAAGACGGGCAGGUCUUUGUCUUCAACCAGGAGGAGAGCGUCAAGCCCAAGAACAUUGUGGAGAAGAUCGACUUUGAGAGUGUGUCUAGCAUCAUGGCCACCUCCCAGUGACGCACGCACACAAAAACUCAAGAUGGUCACACACAUACACACAUUUUUACAACAAAAUAAAAAUAAAUUAUCGUUUCCAGUUUGAUUUGUCCUUUUGAACUCAUGAUAUUAGUGUGAU